AAAAAGAGUGUGUUGUUUUAUUAAUAUAAAACUUGAUUUUGAAAUGUAUUCAUAAAAGCACAUGAUCAGCUGACAACCAUUGCAAUGAACAAUCUCAAUAUGUAUGUUUAAAAUACAUUUAAAAUGUGAUAUAUAUCACAUCUGUAUAAAUAUUUAGUAUUUUGGCCAGUGAAUAAUUAUUUAUAUAUAGUUAAGUAUUGCAGCACAUAAUUACAUUUUUGGCUCCAUGAUUGAGGACUUAAAACUGCAUUUGAACCAAUUAUGUUGGUAAUUAUUUUAGACCGCGAGAGUGAACGAUGAUAAAGAGAUACGGAACUGUCUUUAUCUUCAUUUUCCGUUUUGAAAACAAGCGUUUUCGCAUCAGUCACGCCCUUCUUCUCAAGGGUGGGAAUGAUUGACGGGUGAGACGGCCAAUCACAGGACACUUUCAGCACAUGACGUCGUCGGCCUUUGACCAAUGGCUAUUGUAGUAAAGGCGGGCCAUCAACAGCCUGACAGACAGACAGUCAGCCGGCGGAUUUAAGCAGCGAUAGAUUUUAGUUUUAUUUUCUCAUUCGAACAGAGACCGAUUUUCAACGAGUCCAUAGCAGCCGAUCUUCUUUUUUUUUAAAUCAUAUUGUCGUGCAUUGUUCUGGGGAAACAACGAGUCUCUGAGUCUGCUGCCUUCAAUUCCCGCCAGUGAUCCGAGGAAAAUCAUAAGACGCUGUACAUUUUUCGUUAUUCUUACUUGAUGUCAAACAAUACUGGCUCUACUAUGACAGGAGGUCCUGACCAUAAACAAGAUGAAGAGGGCCUCAGGCACUCAGUGGUUCGCUUCCAGAGCUACUUGCAUGGCGGGACAUCCAGCCUGCUCUCCACCAUCCCCACCCUCAUAGUAUUCCCUGUAUACAAGACAGUUUUCCGUCAACAAAUCCACAACAACCCAGUGCAUCAGGCAGUGGGGCAGCUCUUCAAAGAGGGACCUGUUAAGCUCUACCGUGGUGUUGCACCACCUUUAUUGAUGAGGACUCUGAAUGGCACCCUGCUCUUUGGUCUACAGGACACAAUCCUAUGCCAACUCUCGUCAUCACCCCAAAACAACAUCUCCGCUUCUGCCCUGCCUGCUCUGGCUGGGUGUUGUGCAGGUAUUGUAGAAGGUGUGGUGUUCACCCCCUUUGAGCGUGUGCAAAAUGUGUUGCAGAAUAGCCAGAAUGACCGUCAUCUACCUUCACUGAAGAGUGUUCUUCUCAGGCUGAAGGCACAGAGUCUGGCCUUAGGGUACUACAGAGCGUUCCUGCCCAUCGCAGCCCGCAAUGCCCUCGGCAGCUCACUCUACUUUGGCCUGAAGGGGCCGGUAUGUGCCGCUGUGGCAGCAGAGGGACUCUCUCCAAUGGCCUCCUCCUUUGUGUCAGGGGCACUGACCUCCAUGAUUAUCAGCCUGACUUUGUACCCACUCUCUGUGCUGGUGGCAAAUAUGCAGGCCCAGGUAGGAGGAGAGGUGCCAGGGGUCAUGACUUGUUGGAGGAAGCUGUGGAGGUCCCGAGACAGGAGCGUGGCUAUGCUUUACAGGGGGGGUUCCCUCGUCAUUUUGAGAUCGUGCAUCACGUGGGGAAUCGCGACUGCCAUAUAUGACAGACAGAAGAAGGAGUCAGGCUGAAGAAAGGCAGAGAAACUCUUUAAGCUUUCAAAUUGCCUGGAUGAAAAUAGUGUCUUUUGCUCUGAAAUUAUCCCUAGAGUACCCUAAGUACCCAACCCCAUUUCCUGCAGCUGUUUGAACCAGUUAAAGACCUCGGCCAAGAUAAUGAUCCAUCAUCUGCAGAAUGAACUGUAUAUACAAGGUCAAAGUAUCACUGCCGUGACGAGUAGUUAUUCUGAGCCAAAGUUUUUAGUGUACUCGAAAUAUAUUUUCAGUGCUGGUGAAUCAUAUUUAUCCCUUGGAAAUGCAGAUUAUGUUGGAUGUCAACAUGGUGACUUACAAAGCACAGAGGGUAUUACGAUUUAGGUAAAGUAUGGGAAAAGUAAGAGCCAUCAUUUCUGGGCCUGGAGCCAUACUCAGGCUUAUCUGUUCUGGUGCUCAGUUUUGCCCAUCAGUCUCUUAAGAGAAAUUCAGGAAAGUAAAGUACUUCAUUACUGUUUCCAUUUAAAAUAUUUUAUAUCAAUGAAUGUCUUCAAAGUGUACAAAGUCAUGCUUUACUUUAGUUAAUUUAUUGUUAUUAUUAUUAUUAUUACCAUUAUUGUUAUUGUUGUUAUUAUUAUUGUUAUUUUAUUCAAAUAAAAUAGGACUCAGGGAUCAGCACUGUUAUCUGUCAUCAUGUUGGGGCCUUUCUCUGUGAUGUUCUACCCAUGUUGUCAACUGUAUGUUAGAUUAACUAUGGCACUGUCAUCAACCCAGAGAGGUUGAAGCAGCGUACAAUCCCCCUGGAUAUAUAUUUGUUCUUGUUCAUCUGUUUGUCAUCUCACUGUAUACCUGAACAUCAACACAGAACAACACUCCAGUACCGACUGUGCAUUAAUAAACUCAUGUUAUUAUCAUUCA